AUCUGUCAUUUUUGCUUGCAAGUUUCGCCUGCUGCGAAAUACGGAAUUUUCUAUUUUUAUCCUCAUCGGGAGACAAUAAAUAUAAACAUUUAUGCAGUCCGACGACGAAGACACGUCGUUGCAUUCAUGCUUCGAUUCGCUAAAAACCGCUGUCAUGGGGUGCUGCUAUAGUAUUUGCCACAAAGACACCGAUCCACAGGAGAACACGGUGAACGAGAGAACACAUCUCCUCGAGGUGACGGAACAGCAACAGGAGACGCCGGUGCCCGCUGCAUCGGCGUCCACUCCGCCACGAAAACCUGACGAGCAGAGCGCCCUCAACAGGAUACUCCAUGAGACUGCCACCAACGUGAUCGACGUAGGAGCUUUAGGCCCUUACGCAUUGGAGGCAGGGGCGUAUUCGGAGCGGGUGCGGGUGUACAGCGCCCGGGUGGCGGGGCUCGGGGCGGCCGGGGCGGCGGCGCCACGGUUACUGGCUGACUUGCCGCAUGCUGAGCGAGCUGCCCUACUGGCCAGGCCACCACUAGGAGCUGGAGAUAAAGACCUUAUAACGAAUGCAGUGAAGAAAGCUGCCGCAGCGAUCUCAGAGCUCCGAGUGGAACACCACGAGGACUUGGUUGUGCCGUUCCGGGUGCCAUAGCAACGGCGAACCGCGUCUUACUGCGAGGACGAGCGGUCCUACUGACACGGACGCGACCACGGCGGGCACACCAAGUAAGAAUAGAUAGGUGAAUUAGGACAAACAAAUUUAUAGCAAAAAUGGUUAGAACUGAAUAUUGCGCAAAUGUUUUUAAGUUGCGCAAAAAUAAUAUAACAUUUGCGCAUCAAAUGAAAGCAGCGUAAACUUAAUAUAACAUUAGCGCAUGAAUAUUAAAAGUUGCGCAAACUUUGCGCAGACUUUUGUAUGAAAUACUAGUUUUGUAAAACGCUUAGUCGGCCUUUGAAGUGGUGGACCACCUAGAAUUGGUCUCUUAACCUGUUUCUAAUUAUUUUACUAUGCAUUGUGCUGGUCCCGUGUUGGGUUUUAAAGGAAAAAUGGCUGGCAUAUUAUUGAUCUAAAAUGCUUAGUCCUUGUAUGUUUGGUAUAUUCUUGCUUUAUUGUAAAUCAACGUACUCUUUUCUAAUAGUUUCUGCUUUCGUAAUGAAAUGUGUAAAUAAAUCUAAAAUAGUUUUGUAAAUUGUCUAUUAGUCUUAAUGCCAACAUUUAGGCCUUCCUCAGAACUAAAGUCAUUGUUGUUUUCUGGCCUAAUUGAAUUAUAAUUCCAGGUCUUUUCUUUUUAACUCUAAGUCAGCCUUUUUUCCAUUAAAAUAGUAACACAGUGAUCAAAUAUUACAUCAAUGGUUUAGUCUGUACAAGUCUUAGGACAGUAUUUUUAAAGCAAAUGUGUAGCGUGUCCUACAGACUAUGUCAUAGGAAGUGUACGUGUCCCGCCAAUCAGAUAGACUUACAUUACUAAUAAGAUGUAACUAAUUACUAGCAGUCUAUUUAUAGUACAUUUAUAUUGUUUUUAUAAUAACUAUCGUGAGAC